AUGCUGAAACAAAGUGUUUUUAUUACCUUAAUUUUUAACCUCCUUAUAAAUUAUUGUCAUACAUCUUUGCCAGAGGAUAUUGCCAAUUUAUCGGAUGAAUGUUUAACAAACUCUUUGGAAACUUCCGUCUAUUGUCGAGGCUCACGCGCCAUUAAUAAUAUUAUCAAUAAUUUAAGUAAAACUGAUAAACCAAUUGUCAUUGUACGUGGUUUGGAAAUUGUACCAUCAUCAAAUGGACAUAUUAAUAAUAAUAACAAUACCGCGGAUAGUGAUAUAAAUAAUAAAAAUAAAAAAUCCAAUGCUGUGGGGGAAGGUGAUACAGAUGAUACCUUUCUAGGACGCUUCUCUCGCUAUUUGCGUACACAUGAAUUGAAUAUAAAAUUUUCCGAUUUGAUGUCUUCAGACGAAAGUGAACAUUUUUUGGCACGUGAUGUAGAGCAGAAUGGAAUGCAAAUGAAUCCAUCGGAUGAAGCACGAAAAAAAGACAAAGGCAACGGCAUGAUUAUGGCACUCGGUUUGAUGAUGUCUAAAAUGAUGGCUGUCAUGGGUCUGGGUGGCAUCGGUGCAUUGGCUAUGAAAGCAUUGGGUGUUGCAAUGACUGCACUAAUGAUGGCGGCAAUGGUUGGUGUAAAAUCGUUGGCAAAUCAGGGUCAUGAAUCAUCACACAGUGUGCAGUAUGUAUCAGCGGAUGGUCAUCAUCACAGGAGAAGGCGACGCAGUAACAAUCAUAACAUUAAUAUAGCAACUGUAUCAGAGAAGGAUGUUAAAAUGGAAUUACCAUCACUGGUCUAUAGAGGAUGGCAAAAGUGA